GUUCUCCCCAGUUGUAAAAGGCCAGAUCACAAAUGCAUUUGGGUUAUUUACUGUUUGACACUGGAUGAGCUAAAACCCAGGGGAAAAAAGUAUUGCUUCGCAUUUUUGGAAACGGACAAAAUCAGAGGGUCAGACUUUUUCAACGGCCCGAUGCUGGCUCUGUCCAGGUCUUCGACAGCUUUGAGGUGGAGGCUGUCCCUGCGCUGCUCUGCCCUCCCUCUGGGGAGCACUACCAUGAGCAGCGAGCCCUCCACCGCAACCUGGCCCCAGUUUCUAAGAACCCAGACUGCUCUGUUUCACCAAAGUAAAGCCAAAGCCAGUCCUGACCCAAACAAGCCCGCUUCAGUGUUGUCCGGGCUGGAGGGGGAACUGUUUGGGAUGGGGAUGUGGUCGUUGGGUCUGGGCGCUGUCGGAGCUGCGCUAGCCGGGAUCUUCCUGGCCAACACUGAUCUGUGUCUGCAGAAAACUGCCAACGCAUCGCUGGAGCACCUUGAAGAUACCGACCUGCGCUCCACCAUUGACAAUGACAAGGUCGUCAAAGCAAAGAGCCUGUGGGAGACGAACGGGGCUGUAGUCAUGGCCGUACGACGACCUGGAUGAUUUUUGUGCAGAGAGGAGGCCUCUGAGCUGUCCUCUCUGAAGCCCCAGCUGGAAGAGCUUGGGGUCCCUCUGGUCGCUGUGGUGAAGGAGAACAUCGGCACAGAGAUCCAGGACUUCAGACCGCACUUCGCUGGGGACGUCUACAUAGACGAACAGAAACGCUUCUACGGCCCGCUGCAGAGGAAGAUGGGGGGCCUGGGGUUCAUCCGCCUCGGAGUGUGGCAGAACUUCUUGCGGGCCUGGAGGUCCGGUUACCAGGGCAACAUGAACGGCGAGGGUUUCAUCCUGGGGGGAGUGUUUGUCAUCGGACCGGGAGACCAGGGGAUUCUCCUGGAACACCGUGAGAAGGAGUUUGGCGAUAAGGUGGAGAUUGCAGAUGUUUUAGAGGCCGUUAAGAAAAUUGUACCAGUGAAAUAAGUUUGUUUUUUUGUCCUAACAUCAAUGGCAAAAGGUAAAGGCAUUUAGAUCAAAACUAAAAUUAAGAAAAUAUAACUUGACACUGGAGUCAAAGUCCAUCCAUCACUGAAAUACUUAUAUUGUAAUGACACUUGAGUCUGUUUGCGUUGUAUAAUAACAAUGUUGCACAUUAAUUUACUGUUGGUUUACGAAAUUCUUGAUGUGAAAUACAGGAUUUAUGAAUGACUACUCCUCUUUACCUCUAAAGAAAUUCAGAAGCUUUUUUGUGUUUAGACGGGUAUUAAAAAUAGGUAGAAAGGGACUUUUUAUUCAGGUACGUCAACCAUUAAUUUUAAGAUCACUUGAAUUCUUUCCUUUAGAGAGGAACAUAAUUUAAUCUGCUGGAUUACACAUUUUAUUAAUUAUUACUCUGUCAGUGGUACGUUUUUAGUAACGUUAUCUCU